AUGGAAGAAAAUACCUUGCACAAGAAGGACAUUUGCAAUGACGCUCACCUGAACUGUGGGAUUCUGAACGUGCAGAAUACUUCGUUAAAUGUCAAGGACUGGGAUGGAAUAGGAAUCUUUCAACAAUUUCAGAUCACUGAUUCCGAGCUUCAGCGAGGAUCCGGAAGGUUUUUGUGUCUUGAGAAUGGGACGUGGAAAUCGGACCUUAUUUGUCUAGAUUUACCUAGAGAUUGUGAAAGCCUCGUUGAACAUGGUUAUACCAAUUCCGGCGUGUAUGAGAUUUACCCCUUUGGAUCCCGAGCCCGACCUGCCAAAGUUUUCUGUGAUAUGAACAUAAUGGAAGGGGGAUGGACGGCUAUCCAAAAACGUGAAAAAGGAUCUGUGAGCUUUGAGAGAACAUGGGACGAAUAUAAAAAUGGAUUCAGUGACCCGGGACUUCAUUUCAUGAUUGGAAAUGACGUUAUCCAUCAGUUAACAAAGGGAAAGAACUCCCAUCUCUACAUUUCCAUCACUCUGGUUAAUGGUAGCAAACUAUACGAGUUGUAUGAACAGUUCUCAGUCUCAAAUGAAGCAGAUUACUAUCAACUCUUACUGGCGGCGAAGGCCUCAGGAACAUUAGGUGACAGUAUGAUGCACACGGGCCAUUCUACCUGGGAUCUGUCUGGGAUGAAAUUCUCGACGUAUGACAGAGAUCGAGAAUUUGUGGACCGAAAACUGUGCUGCUUAUUAUAA